AUGUCAUACAAUACUCGUCAGGCUGCUUCCAAGCAGAUUUCUGAUCAUCAGCUGUUAGAUAAUGAUUGGCAAUUCUUGGGGGACGCUGAUGACCUGGAACACGACCGCAUCUUACUGCCACCGAUCAAGAACUUGCCUAAGCUGGACACUGCCAGGCAGACACCGCAGAAAAAUGUACUCACCAGGGUCAGGGCAGUACGAUAUGCCCUCGAACCUGCACUAGAUCUCUUGGAUGAGGUGCUCGUCAACAUUGCAUCGCUCCGGCAGAGCUCCGGCAACUAUCCUGGACUACCUUUGCGAGGCAGCUCCAGGACAGUUAUCUUCCACCAGCAUCUUCAGCUGCUGCCUGGAGGUCUUGAAUUCGCCAACGACAGCGUCAUCCGACGACGCUUCGUCGCAGGAGUGUUAGCUGAGUAUGGCAUUGCCUUGGAUACCACGGCUCAGAGUCGGAAGGAUACGAAAAUCCGCCAGCUGCAUGCCAUCACCGCGAUGUUUCCAGGCGGCCCGGAAGCACGCACGCGGCUGGACAUGCGCAAGGGGAGCAGGGGAGAAACUCCCGCAAGGACGGCGGGAGCAGAGGGAGGAAUCCAUCCAAGGACCGACAAGCAGGCGCGUCUGCUCGGAAGGGCCGUUCCAGCCGUUGCAACAGUCGGGAGCGCGCAGAGGGCCGCUGCUUUAACUGCAGGCAGCGAGGACAAGAAGUGGAAAGAGUCGGUCCCGUCGCACAGGGAGAUGAUGACAUCUCGUUUCAAAUGA